CAGUUUUGCUGCCUUUAAUGAUUCAGAGUAGCACAAACAGGUUAGAGCAAGCGUUGAGAAACUCUUAAUUACAGUGCUGAUGUAGGGCAGGCAGACCAUACAGUCCAACAUAAACAGAGUGCAGAAAGCAGAGACAUAAGUGUUAGAACAACUCACUUUCAACUACCCUAAUUUAUCUUUCUCAGCUUUAGUCAUUUCUCUUUCAUGCACAAAGCUAUGCAUAUUUCAUCCUUGGAAAAUCAGCCUGCACUUUUAGGUAUUUUCACACUUCUGAUUUCAACUCUGUGUUUCCUUAUGAGCAUUACUAUUUCGUCUGAAUAAGUAGUAUUAUGAAUUACCCAGUAUAAAUAUGCAGAAUAAUUCAUGGACUAGUGAAAAACAGAACACCAAGUGCCAGUGAAUGAAAUUCUGAACAUUUUUCCUGACCUACAUUAAUGAUCACAAUAUUAAUAUCUUAUGAGAAGAACUCCUAUCAAGCUGUGUAUUGAUGUAGAGGCUGGGAUAUGUAGAUGGUGGGUAGUGAAAGGGAGGAAGGUGAAGUGUGGCACCACCAUGUACAGAAUAGAUGGAAUGUUAAAUAGUAACAUUCACACCUUGAUUUUCUUCUGAGCAGCUUAUUUUUUUGGUAGACUUUUCAGUGUAGUAACAACUCAGUAAUGAAAAAGCUGUAACUUGAAAAUUGGAAAUUGUUCAAAAAGUACAGCUUUCCACCUGUGUACUGAUUUUGAUUUGUUUUUAAAUUUUCAUACUUGACCUAUUUGUGUUUCAGAAUAUAUUUAGAAAUUAUAUUAUGACACGUUAUUAUUUAAUAUAUUCUUCAGCUAAGCAAUGUGACACGAUUUCCUUUGUAAUAGCUGUCAAUUUUAUAGCUGGUAUGAGCUUAUAAUUUAUUUUUUAUGCUAGGAGUUUGUAAGGGAAAUUUGGAAAUACUGGAAUUAUUUCUUUGUCUAGCAGUUGUUCUGAAUACGUGGCUAUUUGAUCUGGGCUUCUAAAUCAGACUGUUUAAAAGCCCAUAUUUAGUUAGUCACUUUCAGCUCGGUCUGUCAGAUAUUUUCUCAGAGCUGAUGAUUCAGAUUGCAGCAGUUUUCCCUAGGAAGAGGGAGUGUGCACAUAUUUUUGUUUUUCCUUUCGAGCUCUCUUCCUUUCGGGAAGCAGCAGUGGAAUGCUCUGUAGCUGCGCAAACCAUGCAGGAUGAUUUACUGAUGGACAAAAGCAAAGCCCAGCCCCAGCAGCAGCGGCAGCAGCAGCAGCAGCAAGAUCCAAACUCAGCAGAAGCCCCCUCUACACCCAUCUCGUCGGAGACACCCAAACCAGAAGACAACAGUUCAGUGACUAGUAUCGGCACAUCAGCUCCUUCCCAAAAUAGCAAGGAGAAGAUGCAGAUGGAGUCUCCCAUUUUGCCUGGCUUGAGCUUUCACCAGCCUCAACAAGAACCUGCAGCCGGCACCUCCUUGUCUCCCUCGUUUGGCAGCACCUGGUCUACAGGGACCACAAACACGGUGGAUGAUAGCUUUUUCCAAGGGAUUACUCCAGUCAACGGGACAAUGCUUUUCCAGAAUUUUCCACACCACGUCAACCCUGUAUUUGGUGGCACUUUCUCACCUCAGAUUGGCCUAGCUCAGACUCAACACCACCAACAUCAGCAGCAGCAGCAGCAAGCUCAGCAGCAGCAGCAGCAGCGGAGGUCACCUGUGAGUCCUAAUCAGGCACCUUUCGCCCAGAGAAAUGCUGCUUACAGCCAUCAGCCCAUCAUGACCAGCAAACCGUCUUCCUCCUCUGCUUCUUCUUCUUCCUCCUCCAGCUGGAAUAACCAUCAAAACGCAGCUUGGAGUACACCUUCCAACCCUUGGGGUGGGCUGCAGGCUGGUAGGGACCCUCGAAGGGCAGUUGGAGUGGGGGUUGGCGUGGGAGUGGGAGUCGGCGUGCCCUCCCCCCUCAAUCCCAUUUCACCCCUUAAAAAACCCUUCUCCAGCAAUGUCAUUGCCCCUCCGAAGUUCCCACGGGCUGCACCCUUAACCCCCAAAUCCUGGAUGGAAGACAACGCGUUCAGGACGGACAAUGGCAACAAUCUGUUGCCUUUUCAGGACCGGAAUAGGCCCUAUGACACUUUUAACUUGCACUCUUUGGAAAAUUCCUUAAUGGAUAUGAUAAGGACUGAUCAUGAGCCUCUGAAAGGUAAACACUACCCUCCCAGUGGCCCACCAAUGAGUUUCGCUGAUAUAAUGUGGAGGAAUCAUUUUACAGGGCGUAUGGGAAUAAAUUUCCAUCAUCCAGGAACAGACAAUAUUAUGGCUCUUAAUAGUCGCUCUUCACUCUUUCCUUUUGAAGAUGGCUUCCUAGACGACAGCCAUGGUGAUCAGUCGUUAUCCUCGGGUCUCAGCUCUCCGACACGCUGUCAAAAUGGGGAAAGAGUGGAACGCUAUUCUAGAAAGGUGUUUGUUGGAGGUCUUCCUCCUGACAUUGAUGAAGAUGAGAUCACUGCCAGCUUUCGUAGGUUUGGACCUCUUGUGGUGGACUGGCCUCACAAAGCUGAAAGCAAGUCAUAUUUUCCACCUAAAGGUUACGCCUUUCUGCUGUUCCAGGAAGAAAGCUCUGUACAAGCUCUGAUAGAUGCCUGUCUGGAAGAAGAUGGAAAACUUUACCUAUGUGUGUCAAGUCCCACAAUCAAGGAUAAACCAGUGCAAAUUCGACCUUGGAACCUAAGUGACAGUGACUUUGUGAUGGAUGGGUCUCAGCCUUUGGAUCCAAGAAAAACAAUCUUUGUUGGAGGAGUUCCACGGCCUCUCCGAGCUGUUGAAUUGGCAAUGAUUAUGGACCGUUUAUAUGGAGGUGUCUGCUAUGCUGGCAUUGAUACAGACCCAGAGCUGAAGUACCCAAAAGGUGCUGGCAGAGUGGCUUUCUCCAAUCAGCAGAGCUAUAUUGCUGCUAUCAGUGCUCGCUUUGUCCAGCUCCAACACAAUGACAUUGAUAAACGGGUGGAAGUGAAGCCAUAUGUGCUGGAUGAUCAGAUGUGUGACGAAUGCCAGGGCACUCGCUGUGGUGGAAAAUUUGCUCCAUUCUUUUGUGCCAACGUUACCUGCUUGCAGUAUUACUGUGAAUACUGCUGGGCCAGCAUACACUCUCGUGCUGGGCGGGAGUUCCACAAACCACUGGUAAAGGAGGGAGGUGACCGGCCCCGCCACGUCCCGUUCCGCUGGAGCUGAACCCCGGCCGCACCCAGCAAGAAGUACUGGAGUCAAUAAAAUUGAGUGAAAAGAGAGCGCUGCCUCAGGGCUUAGUGUUCUGGAAAUCUGUGCAUUCGUCCUCGACUUAAAUGAAGAUGGGUCUUUUUAUUACUAUUAUUAUUAUUUACAGUCACAUUACUGAACUCAGUGUCCAGUAUAAUACAAACCGGCAGAGUGUAACUGUACUGAUUUUGCACUUUGAUUCACACAAACAUCUGCUUGGUACCUUAAUUUCCUACACAAGACUUGUCACUAGUGACAUUAUGUAGACUGCCAUUCUCAUCAGUCUUCACUGGGCUGAUGUGUAUGUGAUGAAGAUUUUUUUAUUGUAAUUAUAAUUAUUUUUAUUUUUAAACUGGAGCAUGCACUUAUUUUCAGAAAUUUAGACUUGCCCCUAGCAGAUGACUUACCAAAGGUAAUAUUCACAAGUAGGUGGCAGAUGUAGCAAAAACUUAAACAGAUAUUCAGCAAUCAUUAGUUUGGGUCAUUUAGAAUAGUAAUAACCCUUAAAGAAAAUAAGCCUUUAGUUGCUCUCGAUUUUGACUUGUAAGGAUGAUACCUCAUAAGCUGGAUCAGACUUUUUUCUUUUGUUUUGCUGAGGGUUUUUUUUUGUUUGUUUGUUCUGUUUUGUUGGGUUUUUUUUGUUUUGUUCUGUUAGGUCUUUUAGUGUUAUGUAAAUGUAUGCUGCAAUAGCUUUUGCUGCUAUUAAAAUGGUAUUACUAAUACCAUAAUACUCUAUUCAGGCUAGGGUAUCAAUUAAAAAUGAAUAUGUGAUUAAAAUAGUGAUGGCUGCUGAAAGGAGAUCAGUAUAGCAUACAGAAAAGCUUCCAAGGAAGGUCAAUAUUUUUUGACUGCAUGUUUACUUAAUCAGGUUGCUGCAUGCAAUAAAUUUUAUAUAUGUCUAAUAUAAAACCUGCCCACAAUGCACAAAUUAUGAAUCUACGUAGGCUACAAAAUGCUCAGUAACAAAAAAAAAUUGAUUACUGACUGGAGGAAGGCAUGCCUCAGUAAAUGUAAUGCUUCUGAAAUUAGGAUCAGCCCAUUACAGAAUGACCUAUAUUACAACAAAUAUAAAAACUAGCUGUAGGAUAUUCUUAAAAAAAAUUUGUGGAUGGUAGAUGAAGUACUUUGCGGUGCUCUGUUAUAUAUCGUGCAAUUUAUUUUAUAUAGUAAAGUGAUUAUGUCUAGUACUGUGAUCAAACUUAACUGUUAAAGCCUCUGUAUCUGACAUUACACAUUUUUGACAGUUCAUAACAGGUACAUAAACAGAAAUGAGCUCUUAGUUACAACCUCUCUCCUAAUGCUUGCAUCAUUUACGUAGCUGCAGACCUUGUCCAGAAUACCAAAGAGCUCAUGCUGGCGUACAUACACUACCAAUUAGAUAGUCUGUCAAACUAAUAACCUAGGCACAUUUAAGAAAGUUAGGAAACAAAGUGGUGCUAAAGAAAUGUCUGCAUAUAAAAGUAACAUGAGAUGUCUGCUCUGUGGACGUGGCGUUAUCUCUCUAAUCCCUGGAUGUAUCCUGUGAAGCUUGAAUACAAUUAAGACCUGCUAACACAGUGGACAUUUUUUUAGCAUGAGCUAUGGGGCUGCAGAUAGCAUAUAAAUAUAAAUACACUUGGUAUACUAAUGAUUGUGAGAAUGUGUACACUAUUUUUUUUUUUCUUUUUCCUCCUUUGUUUUUGCAGUUCUGGGGACAAUCUGACUGGAUAUGACACCGCAUAGUAGAUUUAAAUGUUCUGGGUUUUGUUUGUUGUGAUGUCCUUCGUUGUGUCUAAUUUAGUAAGUUGGUUUUCCCAAUGUUUAGUUGCAAGUAUUGGCUUUGAAAGGAUUUUUUCUGUUUUUGGAGAAAAAAAAAAAGAAAAAAUAGUUUUUUACUGGUUUAAAAUGCUUAUUAUAAUUAUCCCUUUUGAAGUUACUUCUGGGCGGUUUUGUGAUAUUGCUUUUCCCAGCCCAGGUGUCUUUUCUGUUUUUUUUUCAUCUGUACAAGACAUUUUGUUAUGCACUACUUUUUGUAUCUAGACAGUUUUCAACAGUUGGCUGAUGAUUUUUUUUAAAGAAAAAGGCAUGCUUUCUGACUGACAUGAUCUUUUGCAAUACCUCAAUUUUGAAAUAUAGGAAAGAAAAUGAUAUUUUCUAAGUAAGUUUAUUCAGAAAAAUAUAUAUUAAUUUAAUUCUGCAAGAAAAAUGAUUUAACAGAUGGGUAACUUUAUUUUUUUCAUGCUUAUUUGAGUUUUUUUGAAAAUGAAGAAGUUAGAGCUUUAUAACUGUAAUAUUAAAGAUCAUAGCUAACCUACAGAAGUCUACCUAAUUAUGUGAAAGAAGUAAACCUUUUUGAAGAAAUACCCCUCUUUCAUGUAGAAAAAUACUCCCAGAGAGAAAGAGAGCAAGAGCGAGAGAAGCUGGAAAAUGUACAGUAUAGCAUAAUGUUGGAUAAAAUCUGAAACAAAAUCAUCAUAAAGAACAGGUGUAAACACAAACUCCAUUUGGUGCUGAAAGUUGUGAAUAGAAGGUGAAAAAAAUAUUUUCCCUUAAUUUGUAUAUUUAUAAUCAAGUGUGAUUAUGCACGACUGACCAGAAUUGUGAGAGUUCUUCUGUUUGUAUUUUUUUAAAGAGAACUUUUUUUAGUUUAUUAAAUUAUGACAUGCUCCCUUUUGUUUUGUAAAUGAGUGUGCCCCUGAGUUGUUAAUAUGUUAUAUUAAAAGAGGGUCCUUCAAAAAAAGUUAUUUUUUAAAAUAUGGAGUUCUGAACUGCAACUUGACUAAGAAGCCCCUGGGUACAACAGGUCCUAUUGUGGCCUUUUCUGAUGUGAGACUUGAACUAGUCGAUUUUUUUGAAGGCUAACCUAACCUCGACUAUUUGUUGUUAUGUGCAAUACUGUUUGUACUGUUUGUAUAAAAAAAAAGAAAAAUGAAAAGAAAAAAGGCAUAAAUCUUUAUUGCAGAUUUAUUUUCAUUGCAGACUUUAGACAUUGUGAUUCACUAAAAUCAUUUUUCUACUGUCAAAUAUGUACCUUUUCUUCAUGCUGGUAUUUUUUCAAUAGUAAUGUAGCCUUUGUACUGAGACAAAUUUUCAUUGUUAUUUUUAGAAAGAUUUUUUGCUAAGAAAAAAAUUAAACAUAUUUACAUAUUUUUCAUUUUUAUUUCGUAUUUUCUUUAAGGAGUGCUUUCUCAACCAUUAAUAUAGUUGUUUCUGGGAGAGACUUUCAUAUCUGGUCAAUGUCAUUAAUAUUAUUUUGUAUUUUUACUUGGAAUAAAUUAAUUUUAUGAUGCUGAUUCUUUAAAAGUUUAUUUUUUUCAUUUUCAGUUAUUUUUGAAGCUAAAAUCUUUGUAAUAUUGUUACUAAAGUGUCUAGUUUUUUGAAAUGCAAAGCUUUAUGUAUUAACUUGCUGAUGUGGUUUACAAUAGUGUGGCAAUGAUGAAAAUGGUUGGUUAUGUAAAGUGAUUGGAAAAUUGUAACAAAGAAUUGGGCAAUAAAAUGACAGAAUGAAGCAGAAAAAACGU